GACUCGAAACGAACACAACUUCAUUCACAUACCUGCGCUUCCUUUCAUUUAAUACCUCAAUAGCUGCUGCUGGUUUGUAUUGAGUAUACUACAGCUGAAGCCGGUUCGGACCGAAGUUUUGCGACUAUGGCGGGCGUAGGUGCCGAAGUCUAUGCCGCUAGGCUGGCCGACCCGACCAAAGAGGCGAAGGUGAAGCUGCAGACCGCGGGCGAGCUGCGCGAUUCAAUAGACCUGUUCACGCAUACCGUCCCGGCCGAAUACAAAAAUUUCCUGACGAAGCUCAUGCCCGUGUUUCUGGAAAUCCUCCGCGGACCCCCGGUGUUCGUCUCGACGUCACCGGAACAGAAACUACGGAAUAUGAUCCUCGACACUAUACACCGACUACCCUUCGUACCAGCAGACGCUCUGGAACCAUGGCGGACAGAAGUGCUCACCCUACUGAUGAACUUGGUCCGGAUAGAGAAUGAAGAGAAUGCCGUGCUCUGUAUGAAGACGAUAAUGGAUUUCCAGAGAACGUACCAAAAACAACUAGGCGAGCAGGUCCAACCAUUCUUAGACCUAAUAAUGGACAUGUUCAAGCAGAUGCCCAAGGCGGUAAAGGAUACAUUCGACAACGCUUCGACAACGACCUCGGGGGCCACGCCGAUGCCCAGCACACCAGGCAACCUCCAGAGUCCGAAACCAAACUCACCGGUCCCAGGAGCGGAUCCAUCUGGCUCCGACCAGAACCAGCCCGCAAAGACGUUGACGAAGGGAAUGCAGAGCUUCAAAGUGCUAGCAGAGUGUCCCAUCAUCGUUGUGAGCUUGUUCCAAGCACAUCGCAACUCUGUGCAAAAGAACGUGAAGCUCUUCGUCCCUUUGAUCAAGGAAAUGCUGCAGCUUCAGGCUGGCCCACAGAAAGAGGCCCACGAUCAGGCGAAGGCCAGGGGUGAGAACUUCACUGGCGUCAGCUCGGGAAUCAAGAACAGAGUGGCGUUUGGCGAAUUCGUCACCGCUCAGGUCAAGACCAUGAGCUUCUUAGCAUAUGUCCUACGGGUUUACGCACAGCAAUUAACGGAUUUCUUGCCGUUUCUUCCCGAAAUCGUCGUGCGGCUACUGAAAGAUUGCCCGAGAGAAAGAUCGGGGGCUAGAAAGGAACUGUUGGUGGCGACAAGACAUAUCAUCAAUUUCAAUUUCCGGCGGAUUUUCCUUAAGAAGAUCGAUGAGCUCUUGGACGAGCGAGUGCUCAUCGGUGACGGUCUUACCGUUUACGAGACCAUGAGGCCGUUAGCCUACAGUAUGUUGGCGGAUCUGAUUCAUCACGUCCGCGAACAGCUCAAGCCCGACCAAAUCAGGCGCACUGUGGAUGUUUACACCAAGAACCUCCACGAUAAUUUCCCUGGCACCAGUUUCCAGACCAUGAGUGCCAAAUUGUUGUUGAACCUGGCCGAGUAUAUCGCAAAGCUGGAAGACAAGCAGGAGGCACGACAUUUCUUGAUCAUGAUCUUGGAUGCCAUCGCCGAGAAAUUUGCCGCCAUGAACCGGCAAUACCCUAAUGCUGUGAAGACAAGCAGGCUCCAUAAGAAGCACCGGGACGAGGGCAAGAUGGACGAGGACCCACCGGAGGAUAUGAGCAAGGAGGAUUAUGAUGAAAUUGAGAUUUUCAUGGCGACACCGAUCAAGACAUCGAACGCUAGGGAACGUGGAAUUGACCCGGUCACGGAUAACAAGUUCCUCUUCAAGAAUUUGAUGAACGGGCUGAAGAGUAUGCUCUUUUCUCUCAGGGCUUGCAACCCACCAUCGCCGCCGGGAGAGAACAUGCCGUCCAAUUGGAAUGAAGUAGCGUUUGGAUUCAGUGCCGAGGAAGUCAACAUCAUUAUCAAGCUGUUCCGAGAAGGUGCCCGCGUUUUCAGGUAUUAUAAGGAACUCGACGCCGACGAGGACUCGGACGUCGCCACCACUCCGCAUUUCGUGGCCCCUAAUGGCAAGGAGGAGAAGGAGCUUUUGGAGACUUUCGCUACUGUCUUCCAUUGCAUCGAUCCGGCCACCUUCCAUGAGGUUUUCCACUCGGAGAUCCCAUUCUUGUACCGCAUGAUGUUUGAGCAUUCGGCGUUGUUGCAUGUUCCACAGUUCUUCCUGGCGAGCGAGGCAACAUCCCCCAGCUUUUGCGGCAUGUUGCUGCAAUUCCUCAUGAACAACAUCGAGGACGUUGGAACCGACGACCCAAAGAAGUCGCAUGUGCUGCUGAGACUGUUCAAGUUGUCCUUCAUGGCUGUCACGCUGUUCUCGGCGCAGAACGAGGCCGUGUUGCUCCCCCACGUGCGUGACAUCGUCCUCAAGUCCCUCCACCUGGCAACUACGGCGGCCGAGCCGAUGAACUACUUCUACCUAUUACGAUCUCUCUUCCGAAGUAUCGGAGGUGGACGGUUCGAACAUCUGUACAAGGAGAUUCUUCCUCUGCUCGAAGUCCUCCUGGAGAACUUGAACACCCAGCUCAACUCUGCGCGGAAGCCACAAGAGAGAGACUUGUACGUGGAGCUAUGUCUUACGGUCCCUGCACGACUCAGCAACUUGCUUCCCCAUCUUAGCUACCUGAUGAAACCCCUAGUCGUGGCUCUGCGUGCCGGCCCGGAACUGGUCAGCAAGGGACUAAAGACGCUCGAGCUCUGUGUGGACAACCUGACACCUGACUACCUGGAUCCUAUCAUGGCACCGUACAUCGACGAUUUGAUGGCGGCGCUGUGGGAGCACCUCAAGCCGCUUCCGUACAACCAUUUCCACAGUCAUACGACUAUGCGCAUUCUCGGCAAGCUUGGUGGACGGAACAGGAGAUUUCUCACCCAUCCCCCGGAGCUCGAGUAUAAGACUUACUCGGAUGAUGCUUCAAGUAUCAAUGUCAAGCUCAUCGGUGCACCCGGCGAGAGGCCUUUCCCCAUACUGCAAAUGGUCGAGCUCGCCCUCGGCAAGAUCCUCGAAGUCAAGCUGUCGAAGACGGACCAGGAGAAGAAGACCGAUAUCUUUUACAAGCAGCAGUCCCUCCGGUACCUGGCCUCCACAUUGAAGAUCUUCAUCGGCUAUGAUCAGUUGCCCGAGGACUUCCUGCAGAUGGUUAGGCUGUACGCCAACGAUCUCUACGAGGGGUCAACCGAGUCGUCGGAGUCUGUUAUCGCCAUAUCAGACCGCACAAAGUCCGUGUUCAAAAAGCACGAACAGGAGGCAGUGUUGCGUAAGCUUCUCCAGGCAGUGAUGCACGCUACCGCUAUCGGGCAGUUGGCUGAGGAGGCUACCUCGCUCGCGUUCGAUGUGUGUCGGCAUUUCAUCAUUCUUGAAGUUGGACGAGCGGUCAUCGAGAUGCGGCAACGGAAGCAGCAAUUCGCCGUUAAUGGCGGCGAAGGUCCUAUGCACCUUGACAGCAGAGUGUUGGCUGAUGCAAUCGGCGACUGCCUCUCCUCCGAUCGCACCGAAGUCCGCGAGACCGCUAAGAACGCCAUGAAAGUGAUGUUUGAGGCAGCUGCGGUUGUCUUCGGCUCGGAUGAGAAGGUGCACCGCCUGCCAUUCUUCUUCUACCUCUCAAAGACUUUCUGUCAUAACUGCUACGAGGAGGAGUGGUAUCCGAAGUUUGGUGGCGUUCAGGGUAUUCGGGCGCUUGUUGAGGACCUGGGUAUGGGUCUGGACUGGUUGAAGGAACGUCAGAACGACUUCGUGAGAGCACUUCUUUACGUCAUUAAGGAUGUCCCACAAGAUUUACCUGCUUUCACCCGAGAAUUGGCACAAGAAACAUUGAAGUUGGUUCUUCGGACGUGCAACCAGAACGCCUCGAAGGAGGAGUUCACGAGGCAGCAUACCAAGAAUUUCAACCUUUGCGCGCUGCUCUUCGUUGAGAUCUCAAAUCCGAACAAGCACGUACGAGAAGCAGUCCAGAAUGCGUUUGUCAUCUUGGAGAAUAUGAUCGGCAUCCCCAAGCAUACGUUGAUGCUUCCGGUGAAGGAGCGGCUCCUGACGCCUAUUUUCAACAAGCCUCUACGAGCCCUGCCGUUCGCCUGUCAGAUCGGAUACAUCGACGCCAUCACCUACUGUCUUAAGCUCGAACCGGGUUUCCUCGAGUUCAAUGACGAGAUGAAUCGGCUCAUGAUGGAAGCCCUUGCACUGGCCGAUGCCGACGACGAGCAGUUGUCGAAUAACAGGCUCCAGGAGCAUCGCACCACCGAGGCGGUUCUCAAUCUCAGAGUUGUAUGUAUCAAGCUGCUCUCAACGGCUAUUCUGGCCCCCGAGUUCAAUACUCCCGACAAGGCAUCAUCGCGCGCACGCAUCAUCUCGGUGUUCUUCAAGUCUCUGUAUUACAAGGCACCCGAGGUCAUUGAGGCCGCUAACAAUGGUCUGAAGGGUGUAUUGCAACAGACCAACAAGUUGCCCAGGGACCUCUUGCAGAGUGGACUUCGGCCCAUCCUGAUGAAUCUUUCCGACCCCAAGAGGCUGAACGUGGCUGGACUGGAAGGACUGGCGCGCUUGCUCGAGCUCCUGACCAAUUACUUCAAGGUUGAGAUAGGGUCUCGACUUCUUGAACAUCUCAAGUCACUAGCAGACACCGCUUUCCUUCAACAGACGUCAUCCAAGCUCCUCGAGCAGAACCCGGUCAUCAAGGUCAUUGCCGCGAUCCUCAACAUCUUCCACCUGUUGCCGCCGGCAGCGGUUGGGUUCAUGAGUGGAUUGGUCACCAUAGUGCUUGACCUCGAGGAAAAGCUGCGGAGAACCCAACACAGCCCAGUGCGAUUGCCGCUACUGAAGUUCAUCAACCGGUAUCCUGGCGAGACGUGGAAACAUGUCCAACCGAAGCUAGGGGAGAUGAAGUACGGACGCCUGUUCGCUCAGCUCCUCAACGACGAGUCCAGCAAGCCGCUGAGGGAUGUGGUGCAAGAGGAUAUCCCCGGUCUGCUAGAACACUCUAUUGAACUAAAGGACAAGUCAGACGCGGAGAAGUUUGUGGCCAUCAUCAACGCCAUAAACAUAGUCAAGUCUAUCGCGCCGUUUGCUCCUAAGGAAUGGAUGCGGGGUAAUAGGGAUUUGAUGGUGAAACUCCUCAAGGCCGCGGUGAUGAUCCGUCAGAAAUCGAAGGCGGGCGAAGUUCCGAUUCCCAUCAAGCUCGCGGUUGAGCAGGCGUCAGCCACGGCGGUGGAGAUUUUCAUGGUGUACAUGACGGAGGUGGAUGACGAUUUGGACUUUCUUUUCCAGGUUAUCGAUGCUACGACCUCUGAUAGGCGUGCUCAGACGACUAAUGUGUUGACACAUCACAUCUACACCAAAAUCAUCCGCUCGGGAACCAUCGAGCAAUGGCGGAACAUCAUUUACAAGUGUCUCAGCCUCUACACUAAUGGCUCCUCCCAGGAGACCAAGACGUUUGCUUUCCACUACUUGGUCAACCCUAUUCUGGCUAUGGACAAGAAGCGGGGAUCCCCAAUCAUCAAUGGCGAAAAGCUGGUCGACAAGAACUUGAUCGAGAAUGUACACAACAAGAUCUGGCGGCCGAAUCUUGGCGACCUGGGCGAUGACUCUGCUCAAGGCCUUGAUCACUCGCGAAUGGAGCUGCUGCAAAUGUCUGCGCUCUUGAUCCGUGACCACCAGCAGUCCCUCGCAGAAGCCAGAAAGGACGUGAUCAAAUUUGGUUGGAACUACAUCAAACUUGAGGAUAUCGUCAACAAGCAGGCCGCGUACGUCCUCAUCGCAUUCUUCAUUAAGCACUUCGACACACCGUCAAAGAUUGUGAUUCAGAUCUACGUUGCAUUGCUCAAGGCACAUCAACACGAAGGACGGCCGCUGGUCACCCAGGCCUUGGAACUCAUUGCGCCGGUAUUGAAGAAGCGGGUUCCCACCCGUCCCGAUGACAAAUAUCCUAUCUGGGCUCGAUGGCCGAGGAGGAUUCUGUCGGAGGAGGGCCACAACCCACACCAGAUGACAAAUAUCUUCCAGUUCUUGGUCAGGCAUGACGACUUGUUCUUCGAUUCGCGGGAACAUUUCGCGACGUGGAUUGUCACCGCGUUGCCAAAGCUUGUCAUCCAAAUCCCUAGCCCUUCUGCGGAGUAUAAGAAACUCUUCAUCAAGCUGGUGACUCUGAUUUGGAAGUGGGAGCAGCAUAGAGUUGAGAUGUCUCGUGGAAGCGCUAGCCCGGAUGUUUCCCCGUCGAAGAAGAGAAAACUCGAUACUAUGAUGAGCAACAUCACGGUGUCAUCUCCAUCCCAGACUGGUACCCAGGGAACCGAAGCCAUAUCGAUGCAGCUGAGAGCGUUGGUCAUUCGCCACCUUGUCCAGUUCAUCUGCCGCCUGCCCGAGAAGUAUAUCGCGAAGCCGGAUGAGCCAUGUACCAAGGCUCUCCUCCUUCUGCGGGACUUUUUGGGACCGAGUUACUGGGGAGGAUUGGAGAUCGACCUCUACCCCAAGAUCAUGACGGAAUACUUAGUCACCAACGAUAUCUCGGACGCGACUUUGCCAGGGUUCGUGAAUUCGCUCAAUGUUCUGAAGGUUAUUCUUGACCUCAAGGCCGACGAAUGGGUCAUGAGACAACUCGACACGAUCCAGAAAUAUCUGGAUAAGCCCCUCCGGUCAGACAGUGCAGAGGUUCAAGAGAGUUUGCAGCCCGUCCUGGCACGUGUCCUUAGUGCUCUGCCCAUCGAGAAGGUUGAAGGUGAGGAUGAGGAUGAGGAGCCGAAGGAGUCGCCCGAGAGCCAGUUUGUCGCGUCCUUGGGCAGCAUCGUCCAGGAGAAUUUGAACACCAAUCUCAUGUCGAGUGUUCACAUCCUUCAUACUCUAUCAGAGAAGCGCCCUAGCGUCAUCGACGACCAUAUCUCGGCCCUAAUGAAGGCGUUCCAGAAGUUGGGCAAAGACCAUCUUUCUGCGCCAGCCGUCGGGCCGGGAGGGACACCCAUAGUUCAGAAUGGCGCGAGACCGGACACCCCCGGCGGCAACUCGCAAAUGUUUGACCCUGAUACCACGACGAAGCUGUUGUGCAUGGUUAUCGAUGUGGCAGCGUCGAGGGUCUCGGUCCUCGGUGAUCAACGCCGGCCGUUCUUGAGCGUCAUGGCACAACUGGUGGAGAAGUCUGGAAGCACAACGCUCUGCAAAAAGAUUCUUGGCAUCGUUGAGAACUGGGUAUUUAAGUCGACAGAAACUUUUCCGACUCUCAAGGAGAAGACGGCCGUCCUGUCCAAGAUGCUCUCGUUCGAAUCGCGUCCGGAUCCAGAGCUGUGUAACAGCUUCCUGGAGCUCGUCAUCAAGAUCUAUGAAGACCCGGUCAUCACGAAGACGGAGUUGACUGUUCGCCUGGAGCACGCGUUCUUGGUCGGUACCAGGGCUAAGGAUGUUAAUAUGCGCAAUCGAUUCCUUCAGAUAUUUGAUCGCAGCAUCUCGCGGACUAUCAGCAAUAGGUUCAGCUUCGUCAUGGCAACCCAGAACUGGGAAACGCUCAGCGAUUCUUACUGGUUGCAUCAGGCCACUCAUCUGCUCUUUGGCUCGGUCGAUAUGGACCAGCGGAUUGAGCUCCACAAUGAAGACCUCAGAGUAAUGCCCGCCUCGACACUGUUUACGACGUACGGAGCCAAGGAUGCACGUAAGGGGGAUGUCAUGCUCGACGACAAGUUUGAGGAGUUCAUGUUCAAGCACAAACGGUUCUUGCAAGGCCUGGCGGAUGUUCGCAGCGCGGAUAUCUUGGAGCCCCUCCGGCAGCUGCAGCAUCUGGAUUCGAAAUCGGGCCAUGAGAUCUGGGUUAAUCUGUUCCCGCUAUGUUGGUCUGCCAUCGGAAAGGAGGAUCGGAUGGACUUGUCGCGUGGAAUCGUCGGACUACUCGCUAAGGAUUGGCAUAACCGCGCGAUGGACAAGCGUCCCAACGUCAUUCAGAGUCUGUUGGAAGGUGUCGAGUUUUCGAAGCCGAAGCUCAACCUGCCGGCGCAUCUGGUCAAGUUCCUGAGCCGAAGCUAUGACGCAUGGUACACUUCGUUGCACCUUCUCGAGGAUAAUGUCAACAAGCCGCCCAUUGACGCGGCUGUUGUCCGCGAGAGCAAUCUCGACGCCCUCGCUGAGAUGUAUGCUACUAUCGCCGAGGAGGACAUGUUCUACGGCCUCUGGCGCCGCCGUGCAAAUUACAUCGAAACGAAUAGUGCGAUCUCGUUCGAGCAGCAUGGCAUGUGGGAUAAAGCGCAGCAGAUGUACGAGAAUGCGCAGAUCAAGGCCAGGACCGGGAUGUUGCCGUUCUCCCACUCGGAAUACAUGCUCUGGGAGGACCACUGGGUUAUUUGUGCCCAAAAGUUGCAGCAGUGGGAGAUUCUCAGCGAGUUCGCGAAGCACGAGAACUACCCCGACCUGAUGCUUGAGUGCGGAUGGCGGUUGAUUGAUAACUGGAAUGGUAGCGAAGGAGAGCGGAUGGACCAGACUAUCAAGAGUCUGAUGGAUGCGCCCACGCCUCGACGGUUCUUCUUUGCUGCGUUCAUGGCGCUGCAGAAAGUUCACCAGAAGACGGAGGUCCCCACGGAGUUCUCGAGGCUGUGUGAUGAGGCCAUUCAACUGUCGCUGCGCAAGUGGCAUAGUCUGCCCAAGAAUAUCACACAGGCCCACAUCCCGCUUCUGCAAACUUUCCAGCAGUUGGUUGAGCUUCACGACGCCAGUGUGAUCUAUGCUAGCCUCAACUCUACCACGGCACAGAACCUCGACGCAAAAUCGCAGGAGCUUAAGAUGCUUCUCGGAACCUGGCGGGAUCGCCUACCGAAUGUUUGGGACGACAUCAACGCUUGGCAUGACCUUGUCACCUGGCGUCAGCAUAUCUUCCACUCGAUCAAUCAGACGUAUCUCCCCCUCCUUCCCAGUCAGAAUCAGAGUGCCGGUGGGAAUAGCAACUCUUACGGAUACCGCGGAUACCACGAGACGGCAUGGAUCAUCAAUCGCUUCGCGCACGUCGCCCGUAAACAUCAGCUCCCCGAAGUAUGCAUCAGCCAGCUCAGCAAAAUCUACACGCUGCCGAAUAUCGAGAUUCAGGAGGCGUUCCUCAAGCUGCGUGAGCAGGCCAAGUGCCACUACCAGAAUCCGAACGAGCUCACCCAAGGUCUGGAGGUGAUCAACAACACCAACCUGGGAUACUUCGCGUCGCAGCAGAAGGCCGAGUUCUACACGCUCAAGGGAAUGUUCCUCUCCAAGCUGAAGCAGAAAGACGAAGCGAACGAGGCCUUCAGCUUGGCCCUCUAUCACGAUCUGAAAUUGCCAAAGGCUUGGGCGCAGUGGGGACACUACAACGACCAGUUAUUCAAGGAGAAUCCCACCGACAUGGCACCCGCCGGCAAUGCGGUCAGUUGUUACCUUGAGGCUGCGGGUCUCUUCAAGAACGGCAAGGCGAGGAAGUUGUUGGGUCGCGUACUGUGGCUGCUCAGUUUGGACGAUGCCAGUGCGUCGAUUUCGGCCGCGUUCGAUGCCUACAAGGGUGAUGUGCCAGUGUGGUACUGGAUCACGUAUAUUCCGCAGCUGUUGACGAGCCUCUCGCAUAAGGAGGCACGCUUAGCGAGGGCGAUAUUGAUCAAGAUCGCGAAGAACCAUCCUCAGGCGUUAUACUUUUUACUUCGUACCAGCAGGGAGGAUUACCAGGUCAUCAAGAAACAGACUGCCGCCGCCGCGUCGAGAAAGGCUGGCUCGCCGGUUGUUCCCCAGGGCCAGGUUCCGCCACGGCCAAGCAGCGCACAGCCGCAACCAAAUGGUGUUGCAGAAGCAGGAAGGGCGGGCAGUCCGUUGCAAAACACAAUGGUGGCGGCUCAACCAGGAACAGCCGGAUCUCCAACCCUGCAGAGUGCUCAGCCGACCUCGUCGUCUCCCGGUCCCCAAGGCCAGAACGGCACGUCAGCUGCUCCACCGGUACACGUCAACCGACUCCCAUGGGAACAUGCGGAAGAGAUCAUGUCGGUCCUCAAAACGGCCUUUCCCCUCUUGGCUUUAUCCAUGGAGACUAUGGGAGAUCAGAUCUCCAAGUUCUUCAAGUGCCCGCCGGAUGAGGACGCGUAUCGACUCAUCGUUGCGUUGCUGAACGACGCUUUGCAGUGGAUUGCUAGGAUGAAUCCUGCGUUGGAGGAUACCAAGUUGCCGCCGUCUACCGAGGCCAAUAUCUCCCGUUUCGCCGAGACGAUCCUUCCUGCCCACAUCAGGGUCGCGUUCGAGGCAGAUUUCGUGGCGGAGAAGCCGAAUCUUUACAAGUACAUUGAGCGGCUGCGCCGCUGGAGAGACAGGUUUGAGGAGAAGCUUGAUCGCCGACCACCUUACCAGAAUUUGGAAUCUUACAGUCCUCAUUUGAGCGAGUUCAAAUUCCAGAAGUUUGACGAUGUCGAGAUCCCUGGACAGUAUCUUUCCCACAGGGACAACAACAAGGACUUUGUCCGGAUUGAUCGUUUCCUCCCCAAGGUGGAUGUCAUUCGCGGCUACGGUAUCUGCCACCGUCGACUAAAGAUGAGAGGGCACGAUGGCAGCAUCCACGCAUUUGCUGUCCAGCAUCCCGCAGCCAGGCACUGCCGUCGUGAAGAGAGGAUACUCCAGCUGUUUAGGAUCUUCAACGGUGUUCUCGGACGCCGCAAGGAGAGCCGUCGCAGGAAUCUCAACUUCCAUCUGCCACUGAUGGUUCCUCUGGCGCCACACCUCCGCCUGGUUCAGGAUGACGCUUCAUACAUCUCACUGCAGGGUAUCUUCGAGGACCACUGUCGUCAGAUUGGGAUCAACAAAGACGAUCCAAUCGUGUUUGCCCUCAGGAAGGUUAUCGCUUCUCUAGAGCCUGGACGGACCGGUCAGCAGCUCGUGGAUCCCAACGUUAAGCUCGAGAUCUUCAAUACAAUCCAGGAGAAGAUGGUGCCGAAGACGAUUGUACUGGAGUUCCUGUCGAGUUCAUACCCUUCGUUCUCCGAGUUCUUCCUCUUCCGUCGGCAGUUCAGCUAUCAAUUCGCUGCCUUGACGUUCCUUACCUACGUCAUGACCAUGAGCAAUCGAUACCCGCACAAAAUGUUCAUCUCCCGCGCGACCGGAAAUAUCUGGGGCUCUGAACUUAUUCCCGCUUUGGCUUCGACGAAUCCGACCUUCCACAACAACGAGGCUGUGCCGUUCCGUCUGACGCCAAACAUUCAGUCUCUCAUGGGACCCAUUGCCAUCGAAGGAAUAUUUUCGUGUGCAGUCAUGACCAUUGCGAGAUGUCUCAGCGAGCCUGAUUUUGAGCUAGAACAACACCUGAGCGUGUUCGUUCGUGACGAGAUGAUCUGGUGGUUCACCCAGCAACACCGCCCCGUCUUGGGAGAGCAGCAGCUCCGCGAAAAGGUCCAGCACAAUUCGGACCUGAUCAUCAAGAAGACCGCGAGCCUGGCCCAGCCUGGAACUGGCACUCUGCCGGCAAACCAGACGGUCAUAGAUCUUAUCUCCAAGGCGGCGAAUCCCGCGAAUCUGGCUCAGUUGGAUCAUCUGUGGAUGCCGUAUUUGUAGACUUGGUUGUCGAAGGUUUUCUUUGGGGGCGGUGGGGGGUUAUUUCAGACGGUUAGGGAUGGGGAUGGUGAUUGUGAAUGUGGUGUUUUGGUCCUUUGUAUUACUUUA